AUGGCUAUAGACUUGAGGAAGAAUAAAGACUCGCUGACUAAAGCCUACGAGAAAGUUAUCGACGACAAGGAUAGCACUGAUUGGGCAUUGUUUGGCUAUGAGGGACAAACUCCUGUGCUAAAAGCAAUACAGACUGGAGAUGGAGGCAUUGAAGAAUUAGUAGACGAGCUAAGCAGUGGUAAAAUGCUGUAUGCCUACUGUAGAGUCAGAGAUCCAAACUCAGGGCUGUUUAAGUUUGUGCUCAUUCACUGGACUGGGGAAGGUGUUCCAGAAAACCUGAAGUUGAAGUACACAUCUCAUUUAAAAGAUGUCCAGGGUUUCUUGAAGACUAUUCAUAUUACAAUACCUGCGCGAAGUGAAGUGGACAUAGAUCAAGAUGAUAUUCUCAACAAGGUGGCCAAAUCCUCAGGCGCCAACUACAAUUUUCACAAGGAAAAGGCGAAACCUGUGGAACCUUCUGGACCUGUGGGCACAGAUUACCACAGAAUCAUUCCAACCAAAGAGAUUAACCUGAGUGCCAGAGAUCAGUUCUGGGCCAAAACUGAGCAAGAUGAAAUUGCAAGACAGAAUGCUGAGAAAAUAAGACUUGAAGAGGAGAGGAAGCAAGCUGAGGUGGAGAGGAAAGAGAGAGAGGUACGAGAAACAAAAGAACGAGAAAAGAAGAUUUCUGAACACUCAAAAGAAGUGAGUAAGCUGAGGCAGGCAGAAAAGAAAGCAGAUGAUGAUCCCAGGACAGCUGAGAAACAGAGAUGGGAGCAAAUUCAGAAAGAAAGCAGUAUUGAUGAAGACGAACGUGGACAUCGCAGUGAUCAGAUGAGAAAAGAUCGACAAGCUGAAGCUGCAAAGCUGGCUACUACUUCUAAAGCAUCAAAUGCCAGAGAGUUCUUCAAGCAGAAAUCUGUGGAACGCCCAGACGUUGAUGCUAGAAAAGCUCCUCCACCUCCAAGAAAAAUUCGUCAUGGGUUUGGUGACCAACAGAACAAUGCAGAACAGGCACCUCCUGCCAGAAAAGAACCAAUCAAAAUACCAGCUAGAAGUGAGCCUGAGCCACCAUCAAAACCUACUCGGCAACCAGAGCCAGAGCCUGAGCCAGAAAUUGUGGCAGAACCAGAAAAUGAACCAGAACCGGUGCAGCCUCAGAGAUUUGAACGGGUAUCAGAGUCUGAUGCAGCUCCAGGUGUGACCGCAUCAAUUCCCAAGACUCGAGACUUGCUGCGUGAUGGUCUGCCACCUCGCCAUGACUCUGAUGCUGAGGAGGAAGACCAGGACUGGGAUGCUCCACCUGCUGAGGACUUUGAGUUCAGGGAAAAACGAGUGCCUUCCUUUCACGAAGACUACACGGCAGAGCAGCACCAUGCAGAGACUCAGUCUCGUCGUGUCAGUGGUGCACAGCAUUUUGAGGAACCUGAGGAGGAGGAGCAGCAGCAGGAGCAGGAAGACUCAAUCUCAUUUGAUCCUGAGGACAUAAUCACAAACAUUGAACAAAUCGACGAUGGGUGGUGGCAAGGGUUUGCCCCCAAUGGCUCAUAUGGAAUGUUUCCUUCUAAUUAUGUUGAACUUAUUGAAUAA